CAUUUCCCUACUCGAACGGUGAGGUGCGUUGUUCCGCAGCGGAGACCAAUUACUGAAAAUAUGAAGUGUCGCUUUACAUGUUAGUUCUGAUAUCGUUGAGUCGAUCGCGAGGCCGUGCGGAGUUACAGUGGCGCCCGGAGAGGCGUGUGGUGAUAUAAUGUGAAUGUGUGCAUGUGUGCAUGAGUGAGGUGGUCAACAUGUCAUCAGACCCGGUAGAGGAGUUCAUGAGGAGCGCCCUCGUCACCUGGGUGCGCACCUUUGAGAGUGAUGGCGGCGGCGGCCUCACCUACGCUGCUCUGGCGGAUGGUGUCUUCCUGUAUGAUGUCAUGCAGCAUAUUGAUGGGCGGGAUGGUGGAGGCCGCCCAGUGAACCGCCACCCAAGCGAUGCCGCCUCUCGUCUGACUAACCUCGCGGCGCUGCUCCUCCAUAUCAAGGCAUUCUAUCAGGAGGUGCUGAACCAGACGGUGGUGCUACAGCUUCCGGAUGUGGUGAAGCUGUCGCGGGCCGGGGAGGGCGUGGCGGGAGUGGAGGAGGUGAGGCGCCUACUGCUGCUGCUGCUGGGAUGCGCCGUGCAGUCAACGAGGAAGGAGGAUGUGAUAGACAGCAUCAAGAAGCUCGACCUUGACACGCAGCACUGCAUCGUGGAGUGCAUCAAGGAGGUGACCGAGAACCCCGAAGCAGUGUGGCCAGCGGAGUGGGGGCAGGUGGAGGCAAUACCGGAGGAGCAGCAGGGGGAAGCUUACGCCCUUCUGGUCCGCCACUGUCGCCGCCUCGCACAGGAACGAGACGCCCUCAACCAGGACCUGCUGCGGGCUCUGUGCGGCGAGGGCGGCGAGGAGGAUGCGUCCCAGGAGAGUGUGCACCACCUGGGCGUCCAGCUGGCUGACUGCAAGGCCCAGCUGCGGCGCCUUCGUCAGGAGUACGAUGAAAAAGCCGAGACAGCGCUGGAAUACAAAGAUGAGCUGGAACAGACCAAGACGACGGUGGCCAAGCUUCGCCAGGAGAAUGUGGAGUUGGUGCAGGACGCAAGGGCGGCGAGGGCGUGGCGUGACGAGGCGGACAUCAUGCGGGAGCGAGCAGGGCGCGUGGAGGCCCUGGAACAGGAGGUGACUAGGUAUAAGGACAAGAUGGUCGACAUUGAGUUCUACAAGACUAGAGUGGAGGAACUGCGGGAGGACAACAGGAUCCUGGUGGAGACGAAGGAGAUGCUGGAGGAGCAGCUCGCCUCGUCCCGGAGGAGAGCUGAGCAGGUGCUGGACUUGGAGAAUGACAUCCUGCAGCUGAAACAGACCAUCAACCAAAUCACCAUCGAGCGAGAUGCAGACCGAGAGAGGCUGCAGGAGCUCAUGGAGGAGAACGCACAGCUCCAUCUCAGCACCAAGAACUCCCUGAGCGAGUCUGCAACUCUAGUCGCCCAGCUGGACCACCUCAAGUCCCGCCAGCUGGUCAAUGGCACCAACAUGGGCAAUGAGCUCAUCGGGGAUGCCCAGACACGGGUACUCAAGUUGCAGCUGGAGAACCAAAGGCUGGAGGCAGAGCUGGAGCAGAUGAAGCGUGACAAUUCACUAGGCUCGGUGGAUAAGUUGCUAGAGCUGGAGAAAGAGAACAAGAGACUCUCUCUCAAGGUGAGUCAGCUGCAGGAGUCAACACAGAAGGAAAAAGUGCAACUGGUGGAGGCCCAGGAUGAGUCAGAGAAGAAGCACCAGGAGAUCCAGCGACUCCACCAGACCAUCAACACUGUCAAGACCAACUCCCAGCGGCAGAUUGACGAGCUGCAGCAAGAGAACACACAACUGCUGGAACUGACUGAGACGCUACGGGAAAGGCAGAAGAAAUCAACUGAUGCUCGAUUGGUGGAUGUGGAGGCAGAGAACAAGCAGCUAACAGACCUCAGCUUCCAGCUACAGAGCCAGGUGUCCAGACUGGAGUAUGAGAAGCAGCAGCUGAACAGACUCACUGAGCGCCUGAGGGAGUCGGCAGACAAGCUGUCUGAGGUGGAGCACCAGAAGACAGAGAUUGAGAGGGAGAACCGAGACCUGCACAAGACCAUCACUGCACUGAGGGAGAGCUGUGAGCGCCAUGAGACUAUGGAGCAGGACUAUACCAGCCUGGAGGUGGAGUACUCACGGGUCACCAAGAUGCUCUCCAACAUGAAAGAAACUGUGGCCAAGUUGGAGAGCGCACAGAGUGACAAGCUGCAGAUGCAAUCUGAGGUAGAGCGACUCAACCGCUCCAUGGACAGCCUCAAAUCAUCCUCUGUUCGCUUUGCUGACCUGGAGAUGGAGAAGGAAGCCCAGGUGCAACAGAUCAACCUCCUCCAGAAGCAGCUCACCACCAUGAAGGCUGAGAGGAGCAGGGCAGAGCAGCUGGAGCUGGACCUGCUGGCUACUACCAAUGAGGUGCAGAAGAAAAACAGGUCCAUUGAAAAUAUUCAGAAGAAACUCUCAGAGACGGAGAAGGACAAGACGGAGCUGGAGAAUGAAAACACAAAGCUCCAUAGAACUGUCGAGACUCUGAAGCUUUCCACCAAGAAACUGAAUGAGUUAGAGAGAGACCUGACAGAGAUGGAGGGAACCAAUGACCGCCUGGACAGAGAGAACAGGUCACUCCAGAAAGAGGUGUCAAGGCUGCGCAAUGCCAUGGAGGUGAAGGACGGUCUUAUUGAUGAGGCAGCCAGCAAGACGUCUACCCUGGAGAGAGACAUCAAGAGACUGAACAAGGAGGUAGAGCAUCUGAGAGGCAGCGACAACAGAGUGCGUGAAGUGGAGAAGGAGAAGAGAGAACUUGAGCAGCAGAUAAUUACUGAACGCAAGACUCUCAACUGCCUGAGGGAGGACUUGGUCUCGGAGAAGGUGAAGACCCAGCAGCUCACCAACCAACUGGACAGUCUCACUGCAGACCUGUCAAAGCUUGGCCUCAACGCUAACAACCUCACCGCACCAAACUCUGACAGUGACUCAGACCGCUACAAGGCCCUGGAGUCCAUGCUAGAAGAGACGCUGAAGAGGAGUGUGGAGGUGCGGGAGGAGAAGAUUGCAUCCUUGGAGUCUCGCCUUAGUGAAUCAGUCAACAGAAACAAGGAAUUGCGUAACCAGCUGCUGGAGGUGAAGAGUGAAUUGGAGUCCCUGAGGCAGCGGCACCAGGAGGAAGGGGCCAGCUGGAGUGAAGAUGUGUCCCGCGAGGUGGCCAAGCUGAGGGAGACUGUGUAUCGAGCUAAUGAAGAUAAGAUGAGCCUUGAAAAUGAGGUUACCGAACUCAAGUCCCAGACAGCCAGUUACCGGGAGCAGGUGUGUGCCCUGCAGUCCCAGGUGACCUCCCUGUCCAACCAAAACACUGUCAUGUCUCAGCACAAUGCUAAGCUGCAGGGAGAGAACGCCCGCCUUCAGGUGGAGAACACAACGUUGCAAUCUCAGUCAGCUUCCCUCAUUGCCCAGAACUCAGCCCUGCAGUCCACUGCCACCCAGAUGGAUGCUGAGAAGGAUAAGGUGCGGCGGUCAUGUGAUGAGCGAGGCAGCCGCCUGAGCCAGCUGGUGUCAGAUCAUGAGGCAUUGCAGCGGCUGCACCAGCAGCUCACCCGGGAGUAUGACAGUCUCAUCAAGGAGCACAACAAUCUUAAGAGUGAUCACAAGACCCUCAGGCUGGAAUACAAGGACCUCAAGGAGCAGCAGAGCACCAUGUCAGCAAGUGAGGAUGACCUGCUCAAGCUCCGAGAAGUGCUGGAGUCUGAGAUGACCAAGCUCAAGUCUGACUCCACCACACUGGCAAACUUGCGCAGUGAACAUUCUCGCCUAAAGGAUGAUUUUCGAAGUCUCUUCUCUGCCAACGAGAAGCUGCGGAGUGAGUACAAGUCCCUUCAGGGCGACUAUAAGAGCAUCAAGACGGAAAACAACACAGUAAAGCUGCGACUGACAGAGCUGAAUGGGGAGCUGAAUGAAGCGCGGGACCAGAUGGCAGCCCUGGACGUAGAGGUGUCCAAGCUCACCAACAAAUGUCAGGUACUGCAAACUCUGAACUUGACCUUGGAGGAGGACCGUCGUCUUAUGUCCCAAGUGUCACUGCUCCUCACCCAAUACCAUGACCUCCUCACACAGACACUCGAGGAUAAGCAGCACUUCCACCAGGAGGAGAAGAACUUCACUGACAAGUUGAAUAAUCUGCGUCGAGGAAAGGAGAAGCUUGAAGAGAAAAUAAUGGAGCAAUAUCGCCGCAUGGACAACUCACCUUCCAAAAAGUUAUCCCCGGGCUGUGUGCCGUACUCGAAAGGUUUCGGCGUCAACCUGGUGCGGCGAGUACGACGGGCCGGCACGGAGCUCAUCAGCAAGGUGCCACGGAGUGGGCGGUCAAGAUCACGGGGACGUGAGGAAGGCGGAGAGAGUCCAGACUCCUCCUCUCUGGGCUCCUCGUCCCAUGCAAAUGACUCCAUGGACUCAGGCUCUGAGACAAGGCGCUCCUCUCCAAACCUGCCUCCCUCCCCCACCCACAAUGGGGAGAUAGGGGACCAGGGAACCCUCAAGGACACCCAGACACCCAACAACCACAGGAAGAGUCUGCCACCUGCCCUCAGUGAUUCCUUUGCCUCUCAGGUGCUCAGGGGCUCCAUAUCAUCUGAGGAUGUGGUGAGUCUAAGGUCUGGGGAUGUCAGCGAUGGGCACCAUGAAGAUUCCCUUUCUACUGUCACUGCUGGCAGCAGCAGUGCUGAGCUCCGUCGCGCUGGUUCUCGCCGACCCGUCUAUCUCACAGAAGAUGCAGACUCGGUGUCAGUGCGGGAUGGGGUGCCCGACUCAGUGGUAGACAACCAGAACCGAGGCCGCUCCUCAACCCGCAGCUCGUCGUCCAUGAGUCAACCCGUGGCUAACAGGAGCUUCAGCAGUGUGCACAGCAGCCUGCCUGCAUCCCGUGCUCAAACCCCUGGGGGAGGUGCCCCACGGGCUUCUACACCAAAGACAAGCUUGAGAAAAGAGCGCCCCUCUGAUGACAGUGCCCCAGCCACCCCCAGACUGCCUCCCCGAGCUGACCACAUCACAAGUGCCCCACAAGUCCCUCCACGGGCUCGGCGAGGAUCCAGCAUCAUUGCACCAGACUCCCCUAUUUCUAGUCAGUCCACUCUUCCUGAUCUUUCUGACCCCAAGCCCCCCAAACCUCCUCCCCGUCCACCCCCUAAUGAGGACACACCCCUCAAGACAGAGAAGGACAUUGUUGAUAACUCAGUCUGGUAUGAGUAUGGGUGUGUCUAGUGGUGGCUGGGGUGGAGAGUGAUGACAAUACUUUGAUCAAAUGUUACCUGCCAUGCACAGGUGAAGCUGCAUUUCUGAGACUGCAGGGUCACACCUACUGGUCCAACACCACACACCUAGUUCAUAUGAGUAACUUGCCUGAUAUCUUUUAUUUGUUAUCACUUUGAUUUUCAUGGCCAGGGCCACAGCUAACAGAGGCUGACUCCUCCACACACUUAAGUAGUUUAUCUGAGUAUCUUUUCCAAUAUCUCCUAUUCAUAAUCACUUGACUUUUACAAUCUUGGAGUACAUUUUGAGAAAUACUAUUUUAAAGCAUUGCAGAUACAAGAAUAAAGACAUAAAUUAAGAAGUUUCCUAGUCUUGCUGGAGGCCUUGUCAUUCCUACUUACACAGGCAUUGAGAUUAUAAUUACAGUAUUUGCUCUGUAUAUAAACACAACAUUACAUACACACAAACAGAGAUCUAAUAUUGAGGCAGUAAAGAGAGGCUGGAUACUUGUGAUAACAUGGAAAACUUUAGGAAGAAAAAAUGCUUGAAUGAGAUGAAGAGUAGAGCUUCCUCCAUAGAAAUAUUGAUAUCUGGAUAGACUACAAAAAGAAACGACAGAAGCAAGGAACGUUCAGCUAUAGAGAAACAUGACAGAUAGAGAUGCAGAGACAGGAUCACACAAAUACAACAACUAUAUAAGUACAUACUACACACAAACACAUUGAUAGACUAAGCAGAAUUCCUCUCCAUCCAUCCAAGCUUCAUCUCAGGUCGUGCCAUUCUCCACAGACACCAGGGAAAUGUAAAUACACAUACACUUUUUAGCCACUUUUGCUUUAUUGGCACUCAGUAACACCCCAUAUGUCAGAUAUCUUAAGUAAAUAUAAGCAAAGGACAUAUUUCAAUGGAAGUGUUUGUACAAGUCACGGAGGAAAUGAAGGUCUUGUUAGGGGGGAACCUGCAGCCUCAGGAAUGUCCAGCUUACUCUCACCAACUGGCUGAACUUAAAGUCAUAGGCCAGUUACUUGUCAGUAGAUGUUAGCGUAUUUCCCAAAGCUAUUUCCCUCAUGUGUGUAUCAGCUGUUGUACAUGAUGCUGUAAUUCAAUAUCUACACAUCUUUUCUCUCUCUUUUUUUUUUUUUUUUUUUUUUUUUUUUUUGCCAAGGCUUACCAUACUCUGUUAAUAAAGCCUUAGUGUUGUAUAUGUCUGAAGGUAGGAUAACUAAUACAUACUUAGGAAAACCGACUUGCUUCUGAGGAUAUGCCCCACACCGACUCUUAAUCUGAAGUAGUGAGUGAUUCGUGGUAUCAUAGGAAAAUUAAUCCUGUAAAUGAUGUGCAUUGGUGUCACAUUUUGUUCAGCAUAAAAUGUAGUGCAUCAGAAUUCAUACAGAUCUCAACUUUUUUUCCUUUUUUAUUUUUUUUUAUAUAUUUUUUUAAUCUUUGUAGGUGGGGGCCAUUUGUAUAUGUAACUUGGUAUUUACAAAACCUGCAGAUGACCCAUGGUGUAAUCCUUCAUGUAUUACAAGAACUUAACAGAAAUAAUUGUGACGGAUAAAUCAUCUAAAUAUUUGGUCUAAUGUUAUCUUGUAUAAGAAAAAAAUUGCAAUGCAUAAACAAUUUUUAUAUCAUGGAGUUUAGAAGUUACUCCAUUUUUGAGCUACACAGUGUGUGGCCCAAGUCACUGUACAUCAAAAAGAAAUGUGUACCAUUCAGGAAUAACCAUUCAUGCUAUUUCCUGUGUGUAAACUGCAGAAGUAGGGAUAUGCUGUAUACUUUACAGAAAGACUGAAGCUUUUCUAAACUUGUAGUCAGUGUGAUCAUUUAACAUUGUACCUUCCCCGGGUCUUGGUGAGGUAUUGUGUGUUCAACAGAUAUCCAGAUGGCCCUCACCACUGGAAGUGCUUAGGUUCUCUGCGCUGCACCAAGUGUUUUACAGACUUUGUGAAUUAUUUGUAUAUACAUUUCAAAGCACAAAAAAUUUUUUGUACAUACAUCUAUUUAGUUUUUUAUUGAAGUUUUUAUGUAAGCCAAUCCAUGAUUUUUCUACAUUUUUGUAGAAAAAUUCUAAUGGCUGUAAAUGUACCUUGUAAUUUCAUUAUAUACCAUUAUCAUAUCAUUUUUUAUGCAUUAUAUUCAUCAGGCAAACUAAACAAUAGUCAUUCAUCAUUGUAUGGAGGAUUCCAAACUGUGGGAUGCUCCUUUGGCUUGGGAAGAUGUUGAAUUAGGCUUGGUCACAGUGAGUCCAGCAGCGAUUACUGUUAUUAUGUCUUUGCUCGUCAAACUGGUAUCUUGAGUCACAUCAUAUUGUUCCCUGUGUAAAAUAUCCAAGCAACUUUUUUUUUUCUUUUUUAAGCUUAAUGCAGUAUCAAAAGUGAA